AUGGCGCUUUCAGGAGUUGAAGUUGCUAAGCACGACAGCAAGGAGUCUUGCUGGGUGGUAAUUCAUGGGAAAGCCUAUGAUGUCACAGAAUUCUUACCUGAACAUCCCGGUGGAAUGGGUAUAAUCUUGAAGUAUGCGGGUAAAGACGCGACUGAAGAAUUCGAGCCUAUACAUCCCCCGGAUACCUUAGACAAGUAUCUGGACAAAUCGAAGCAUUUAGGACCUGUUGAUUUGAAAACUGUUGCCAAGAUCCAGGAAGAAGAGGAUCCCGAGGAAGCUGAGCGGCAACAACGUAUUGCGGAUAAGCCGCUAUUAUCACAAUGCUACAAUUUAAUGGACUUCGAAUCAGUUGCUAAAAAGGUUAUGAAGAGAGGUGCUUGGGGAUACUACUCUAGUGCCGCCGAUGACGAGAUAACGCUCCGAGAAAACCACGAGGCCUUCCACAGGAUAUGGUUUAGGCCUAGGAUUCUAGUUGACGUCAAGAAAGUAGAUUUCUCAACUACUAUGCUCGGCGCCAAAGUCGACAUUCCCUUUUACGUCACGGCAACGGCGCUGGGCAAGCUCGGACACCCAGAGGGCGAAGUGAUAUUAACCCGAGCCGCCAAGAAGCACAACGUCGUGCAGAUGAUCCCCACGUUAGCCUCAUGCUCGUUCGACGAGAUCGUAGAUGCGGCCAAAGGAGACCAGGUGCAGUGGCUGCAGCUGUACGUCAACUCGGACCGGGCGAUUACCGAGCGUAUCGUCCGACACGCCGAGAAGCGCGGGUGCAAGGGGCUAUUCAUCACGGUCGAUGCGCCGCAGCUGGGCAGGAGGGAAAAGGACAUGCGGACCAAGUUCACGGAUAAAGGGUCCAACGUCCAGUCCGGCCAGGAGACGGAUAACUCGCAGGGUGCGGCGCGCGCUAUUUCGUCGUUUAUCGACCCUGCCCUCUCGUGGAAGGAUAUCCCGUGGUUCCAGUCUAUUACCAAGAUGCCCAUCGUGCUGAAAGGCGUGCAGCGCGUCGAAGACGUCGUCAAGGCUAUCGAGUACGGGGUCCAAGGAGUCGUGCUGUCGAACCACGGCGGUCGACAGCUAGAUUUCGCGCGGUCCGGCGUCGAGGUUCUGGCGGAGACGGUGCCGGUGCUGCGGGAACUAGGGCUAGAGGGCCGCAUUGAGAUUUUCGUAGACGGAGGUGUUCGCCGCGCCACAGACAUCAUCAAGGCGCUGUGUCUAGGCGCCAAGGGCGUGGGUAUCGGUCGCCCGUUCCUAUACGCCAUGUCGGCGUACGGCAUCGAUGGCGUCGACCGCGCCAUGCAGCUCCUCCGUGAUGAGAUGGAGAUGGCGAUGCGGUUGAUUGGGUGCACCAGCGUCGACCAGCUCAAUACGUCGCUCCUCGAUACGCGGAACCUCGGUAGCCAUGUUACGGGUGUGCCGCGAGACCACCUCGGUCAUAAGGUAUAUGACCCGCUCGUUACACCGGCGUUUAAACCGCCUAGAUCGUCCAAGCUAUGA